UUCUUUCGAUAAUUUCCCCCAUCAUUCAAUAGACGUCGUUUUAUGUCCAAAGAAAAUAAACUUCGUGACCCUGCACAGAAACCCUAGAAGAAGAAGAAGAAGAGGACGAAGACGAAGGGGAAAUGGCAAUUGCACGAACUGGAGUGUAUGUCGACGACUAUUUAGAGUAUGCAAGCACAUUACCCGCUGAGCUUCAGAGGCUUCUUAAUACCAUCCGAGAACUCGAUGAACGGUCCCAAUCGAUGAUAAACCAGACGAGGCAGCAGACGAAGUACUGCUUGGGGCUGGCUUCUCAGAGCUCAAAGAAAGGGAACUACAAUAGUAAUACCAAUAAUAACUACUAUUAUAAUAGCAAUUAUAAUAAUCAGGACGACGAGGUAGCAAUUGAGAAAAUUCGAAAAGAUGUCGAGUCGAAUCAGGACAGUGCAUUGAGUUUAUGCACCGAAAAGGUUUUGUUAGCACGACAAGCUUAUGACCUGAUAGAUAGCCAUGUAAAAAGACUUGAUGAGGACCUGAACAAUUUUGCUGAAGAUCUAAAGCAAGAGGGAAAACUAGCUCCAGAUGAACGGGUAAUUCUACCCCCACUACCCAUAGCCCCUAAAAGUGAGAAACGCAAGUCAUUCUAUGGAACACCUCAAGCAAAAAGGCUGGAUUACAGGGAUAGGGAUUGGGAUCGGGAGCGUGAUAGGGAUUUUGAACUCAUGCCUCCUCCAGGAAGCCAUAGAAAGGAAUUUGCUGCCCCAGUGGAUGUUGAUCAACCUAUUGAUCCAAACGAACCCACCUACUGUGUCUGUCAUCAGGUGUCAUUUGGAGAUAUGAUUGCUUGUGACAAUGAAAACUGCCAAGGAGGUGAAUGGUUCCAUUACUCCUGUGUGGGGCUGACACCGGAGACAAGAUUCAAAGGAAAAUGGUAUUGUCCAACCUGCAAACUGUUGCCCGAAUGUCAAUAAUAUUGCACGAUUGAAGCUGCUUGGGGAUUUGGGGAAAAGUGGGGGAAAGUGCUUUUUAACUAUAAUAUGAUUAAUAUGUCUUGUUACUAACAAAUUUUUGGUGCACUAAAUGCCCACAAUAUCCCGUCGAUUCUUCCUACGCCCCAAGAAAAAUGGAAAAAAAGUAGAUGAGGUCAUAUAUAGUUCAUGAACAAAUAUUUCCUUCAAACAAUUUUGGAGAAAAUUAUAAAACUCCAAUCUUAUAAAUUGCCAA